AUGCCGGCCCCGGCCCCAAACGCAGUUUGCGUUGUUCCAUUGCCCCAACCCCGCCUCAGCUCGCCCCUCCACAACCCCCUCCACAACCCCCUCGGUGGAUAUUUGACUCUUCACUUCCUAAAUCCGCCCUCGCCUCACCUCGCCUCCAUCGCACCCCGUCCACCCCGUCCGUCUGCCCCCCGGGCCCCCAAAGGGCCUUCCGACCGCCCCAAGUAUUUCCUUCUGGGUGGCAAGGGCGGUGUGGGCAAGACCUCCUGCUCCGCCUCCCUGGCCGUGAGGUUCGCCUCCGAGGGCGUGCCCACCCUGGUGGUGUCCACCGACCCGGCGCACUCACUCAGCGACGCAUUCGACCAGGUAGAGGUGGAGCUGGAGGAGACGGGAUGCGGUUUGGGGGGAGGCAGGGGAGGGCUCCUGAUACACCUAACAAGCCAACAAGAAACCUCCAAGGGAGAAAGGCUAAGAGAGCUCGACACCACAAGACGUCAUGCAGCCACCUUACAACAACUGAUCCCCUCUACCUCUCCCUUCCUGAGCUGUCUAGGUCUGGGAGUAGUCAGUGAUCAGCUCAAGGACCUCCAACUGAGUGAGCUGUUGGACACCCCGCCUCCGGGAGUUGACGAGGCUAUCGCCAUUGCCAAGGUGGUUCAGUUUCUGAAGGCGCCCGAGUACUCGCACUUCAAGCGCAUCAUCUUUGACACGGCCCCCACCGGGCACACACUGCGGCUGCUGUCCCUACCCGACUUUCUGGACAAGUCGAUCGGUAAGCUGGUUCGCCUCCGUCAGAAGCUGUCCGGCGCCACUCGUGCCGUGAAGAACCUGUUCAGUGGCGGAGGCCCGGGGGGAGCGGGGGGAGAGGAGGACGUGGCGGUGAAGAGACUGGAGCAACUGCAGGCCCGCAUGGAGGAGGCCCGGCAGUUAUUCCGAAACCAGCUGACCACCGAGUUCAUCAUUGUGACCAUUCCCACCGUCAUGGCAACUGCGGAGAGCUGCAGGCUGGCAGCGGCUCUGCAACACGAGGGGAUACCCCUAAGAACCAUCAUCGUCAACCAGGUCGUACAGGCUACCGCCACCGACAAGUUCCUGUCCGCCCGCCGUGCCGACCAGGCCCGAGCCCUGGCGCACCUGGCCGCGGACUCGGGGCCCGAGGGGCUGUCCUCCCUGCAGCGCAUCACCGGGCCCCUGUGCGACCUGGAGGUGCGGGGGGUGGCCGCGCUGCAGUACUUUGGAAACGUGGUGUGGAAGUGA